GCAGUACCGCCGCCCCGACCGGACGCCACUGGGCCCGCGCCCGAUGGGCUCGCACUCCCCGCCGUACGCGAGCGGCCUGUGCAUCGUCGUGCCCCGCGCGACGGCGUGCGACGACGGCUCUGCAAGCUACGACGCCGCCGCGGUGUCGCUCGCGCUGCUCGAUCUCGACCCGGAGGUGCGCCGCAAGCGCGAGGAGGUGCGGCGGUGGCUCGGCGGCACGGCGCUCGCAGGGACCCCCGACCGCCCGCUGUCCUACGCCGGCACGUCCCCCGGGGACGAGCUCGUCGCGGAGAGUGCACCCGAGGACGCGUCCGUGCCGCGCAGCUCGUCCGACGACUCGCGCGAGGAGGAGCCCGAGCCUGCCGUGCCGUUCACGCCGUCGUCCGCCUGGACGCACCAGCCGCCCGGUAUCGCAGUGGGCAAGGAGAUCAAGCUCGCGGCGGUAACGGCGGCGGCGGCGCCGCCCCCCGCGCUCGAGCCGCCGUUUGACUAUGACAAUGCUGCCGCCGCCGCCCAGCGGAUCUCGAUCGAGCGGUCGGCGUUCGAUUCGGACACGGAGGACGAGGAGGACGCGAGGCUGGGUGAGAUCCGGAUCAGCAAGUUCAGCCGGUUGCGGAAGGCGUUGAGGAAUUCGAUGUCGGUGCCCAACAUCGCCGCCCGGCGCUCACUGAUCGAUGGGACGACGGAGACACCGCUCGUGGGGACAUCGCCCGAGUCGGUGUCCGCGCUCCGUGCGCGGCAGACGACAGGGUCCACAACCUCGCUGCCGCGGAAUCCGUACGUGCUGAAGCUCGCAACGGACGCGGCGGCGCUGAGCCCCGUGCCGUCGAGCGCCGCCAACAGCCCCGGGAGCCAGGUCGACGGGGAUGCGCCGCGGUCACCGUCGACGCCCGCGACGCCCGCUUCCCCAAAGGCGCGGGAGACCCGGUCGUUCAUCUUCGAGAUGUCGAAAACGUCCCUGCUGCUCGAGGCGCCACCGCCGCCACCACCGCUGCCGCCGCUGCCUAACGUGUCGCGGUGCCACGGCCCGCCACCAAACCUGCCGCUGCCGCCUACGCCCCUGUUCGCGAGCACGCCGUCGCUGCCGCUCGCGCGGCCCGCGCUGGGCGAUAGUAGCGGCAACGGCAAUUCGUUCGCACCCCGCUGGCGCGAAGACGUGGACGCACACGACCGCCUGACCGUCGUCGACCCCGACAUGAGCAUGGCGCGGCUGCAGGAGACCAUGGCGAAGCUCGAGGCGUACGCUCCGCGUGCCGGCGCCACCGACGCAGACGUGUCUCCCUCUCCCGGCAACCCCGCGAAACCACUGCCGCAGCCUGUCGCCACGGGAAGUAAGCGGCGGGCUGGCGGCAAGCAGCCGACCGAGCCGGGCGUCGUGGGCGGGGGCGUGCGGGGUGUCAUCGUCCUCGCCGUCGAGCCGUCGCCGACGCCCGUGCGCCGUCCGCCCAGCACCGAACGCCGCGGCAGUAGCAGCCGUCGCCCGCCAGCCGUUCCGCCGAAGCCUGAGAAGAACGUCCCAACAGGCAGCAACGGGCUCGCGCGGCGCCCGAGUGUGCCGAUGCUGCCGCUCUUCGACUUUGAGCGCCCCGGCGAGCACCACGGGCUUGACCUCCAGGGGCUGCCGCUGCGCAGCACGUCGCUGCAGAGCGUGCACACCGCUGGCAGCAGCAGCAGUGGUGCGGAGGGCGUCGUACAGGCGUCUGCCGUCGCAGAAGAAACGUUCACGCCCCAGCGGCGGCAGCAGCAGCCUGCGACGCCGCCCGCCCGCGCCCCCGCAGAGCAGUCGCACUUCUCGCCCGAGUCGCCGCAACAACAGCAACAGCAGGCAUGGCGGGCGCGUGGGUGGCGGAUGCGGCGCUUGCUCGGUGUGCGGACGGAGCUCAUUCGCGGGCUGCGCGGGUCGUUUGUUUCGUGACACGGACGCACGGACGCUCUUUCUUCUUGGGUGCUUGACUCGAGGCCGGUUUUUCGCUUGAGGGGCCUCUGGCCAACAGUGCCUCCUUUUUUUUUGACGUCUUGCGACGUUUUACCUGCAUGUAUUUUCACGACGCUUGUGUUUUCGCGCUCUCGGUUUUGUUCGGAUAGUAUUUAGUUGAAUCGUGUUAGUCCUGUGUUGUUUUGUUUGUGCAACCGUCGAUUUGUCAGGCGUUAUACCUCCCUCUCCCCCCUCCUUU